AUGGCUGUUGCACCACACACCCGACCGAGUCGACUUGUUCCGAGCAAGACAGCAAAUCGCCAGAAACAGUGUCGUCGUAAAUCAACUCUGAUGACAAAGGCAUGCGAAUACAGCAAGAUGUGUGAUGCAGAUGUCUGUCUGGGCAUCCGUCUCCGUGAGACGGGCCAAAUAUACAUUUUUUCGGCGGAUGCUUCGGGAUUUUGGGCCUUUCUUAGCUCUCAGCUAGGCUCAUUGGCUGUGAGGGAGCGCAAAUCUUACAUCGCUGGGCUCGUGGCAGCGACAGCCGUGGUCACGGAAGCUCUCAAGCCCGCGGGCAAGAGAGGGACACUAUGA